AUGAUGCCAACCAGGAGCGAGAACAGUGUUUGCGUCGAAGUAGACCAGACCAAACAGAAUAAUGGACGCAAGCGUCCUCUUCGAAAGCGAUUGGAGUCAUGUGCCAGUGAUUUUCGAUUCACCAAGGCAGAAUGGAGAGAGAUGAAUCCCAAACUACAUUCCUUGCUACUUCCCUGGGCGCUGCUUGCUUUCGUGGCUAUUGGAUCCACUAUCCUUGGAUCAGCCUACUCUAUUAACCCUACCAGCAAUGACAUUGCGAAAAACACGGCCAUUCCGGUGGAUUUCGCAUCCUGGAUACCCGACAAAUUGGAGAGAUUCCUGCAAGAUGGAACCAUGGAUAUUAAUUCCCAGGGAAUGCCUUCUACGGGUGGCAGGCGGCUCAAGCAUCAUCACCAUCCACCCCUCCUACCCUUGACUACCUCGGAUUAUUGGGGAUUUUUUCUCGCCACUUUGGGACUCAUGGUAGCAGCUGGUGGUGGUAUUGGUGGAGGUGGCAUACUGGUACCAAUUUAUAGUCUUGUCCAUGGAUUCAGUGCCAAACAUGCCAUUCCUCUAUCCAAUGUGACCGUCUUUGGAGGGGCCGUUGCAAACACCCUCUUGAAUACUCCCAAACGACAUCCCCUCGCAGAUCGACCCUUGGUCGACUGGGAUUUGAUUUUGGUCAUGGAGCCUCUCACGAUUGCAGGAGCAUUGCUAGGAGCAUUCUUGAACAAACUUCUACCAGAAGCAAUUUUGACAGUCAUGUUAGUUGCCCUCCUAUCCUUUACGGCCUACACGAGUUUGACAAAGGCCAUCAAAAUGUACAAAAUUGAAUCCAUCCAUUUGAGAAAACAGGGCAUCCGAGAAGAUGGAACCAAAGAAAGCGAAUUGACCAAAAUGGCACAUGGACAUGAUGACCUGGAAGAUGCCGAUGCCAGCCAGAGGUUGCUGGAUGAUGCCGAGUUUCAAGAUAGCGACGAUGUCGACGACAAUCCAAAAGAUAGUGCCAAGGAGGAGAUUGUAGAGGCCGUGGAUGACGACGAACCUGCGAUACUGGAAACGGAAGCAUCCAGAAAGCAGCAACUGGAAACAAUCCUGGAGAAUGAAAGAAAAGUGCCCAUGACCAACAUUCACAUUUUGGUGGCCGUCUUUGUUGUGGUCCUCGCCAUCAAUCUGCUCAAGGGUGGCGGUGCUUUUCCGUCUCCCAUUGGCAUUAAGUGUGGCUCCACAUCCUUCUGGCUUGCCAAUGGGAUCAUGUUGGGCUGGAUCAUUGUUAUCAGUUUCUUUGUCCGGGCCUAUCUCGUCAAUCAAUACAAAAUCAAGCAACGGGUUGGUUACCAGUAUGUCGAAGGUGACAUCAAAUGGGAUGCUCGAGCCACCAUUGUAUAUCCCUGUGUUUGCUGCCUAGCAGGAUUCUUUGCUGGCAUGUUUGGUGUGGGCGGUGGAAUUGUCAAAGGACCAUUGAUGCUGGCAAUGGGGGUGCACCCAGCCGUAUCUUCCGCGUCCUCAGCUUGCAUGAUCUUGUUCACAAGCUUUACGGCCACAACUUCCUUUGUUGUCUUUGGAUUGUUGGUGCAAGACUAUGCAAUCGUCUGCUUCCUGCUCGGAUUCUUUGCCACCUUUAUCGGUCAGGUCGGUCUUGCUUACCUGAUGAAAAAGUCCCAACGCAACUCUUACAUUGCAUUUUCAAUUGGUGGAGUUGUUCUGCUCAGUGCAAUCCUCAUGACGUUCCAGUCUCUUCUGAGCGCUGCAGAAGGAGAGCAUGAAAAGUCUGGUGGUAUAUGCGGAACGAGCUAG